AUGCCUGCUUUAGAUAAUUCUCAAAAGGUUGUCGCUAGUCCUUUUGACACUGCUAAACAACCCAACCCUAUUGUUGACCGCGGCUCACGCUCAACAGGAGAACAGUUCAACCUUGGUGAUGGUCACGAUGAGAACUUUGAUACUUCCUCAACGAGUAGCCAAGUCAGCACAUCUUUUUCUACCUCAUCCUCAGAAGACACGUGGGAUGGGGCACGAAGGAGUGCGCCAAUCCCAGAAAAGAUGUAUCACCGGUCUUCUUUGGAACGACCUGAAAAGCUUUCCGAAGAACCGGACAGCAAUGGAACAACGACGUUACUUCGUUUGGAGACAAUGUGGAAUACGGUGGGGGCAGAGCAGCCGAAGCACAAUGUCGUGUUACACUUUGAACGUCAAGAUGUAGUAUCCCGAUCCUCGUCGCCGGAGUAUAUUCAAGGAUCUUCAGAGCGGCAGUCUCUCGUUGUGAACUCGCAUUAUACCUUGAAAAACGACAACACGAAGUUGAUCAAGACAGACAUGACACCACGAUCAAUUUUGCGUCAGUCUGGAAGUAAUUGGUCGCAGAGAAAGACUCACCGCAUUUCUUUUUCAUCUAUAGGAGAUAUUGUUGUGGAAAACAGAGAUGACUGUGAGGAAGAGAGUGAUUAUGACUUUAAUGAGCCUUCUAUAGCCCACGGUGUUUCAGAUACUAAUCAAACAUAUAACCAGUCCUCGAUUGCGUAUGCUGUUCCAUACCCUAAUGUUGACCAUCGAGAAGGUUUGCAAAUACAGCUACAGGAUAAAUCCAUAUUUCAGCCCCACGAAUAUCAAUCUGUAGAGCAACGCGGAAUUUCAAAUAAUGAAGCCGAUGUCGACAGACAGCCUAGCAUAGCGCCGUUCGGUACUACUACCACUACCAAAGAACCCUUGGCUAAAGAGCCAUCAAAGUCACGACUUUACUCUCACUGGUCCGAUGGGUGCGAUCCACCAUUAAAGUCAGUGAUGCAUAGUAAGUAUCGUGAGACCAUCACACCAGAUGAAAAUUCAUUCACUGAAAGAUUGCCAUCAACACACGAAGCACUCCAUGUUCAGAAGCAACAUGAAAUAGACUUAAACCAGUCACGUUUGUGUCACUCAAAAGCUUCACUGGACUCCCAAAAUUACCCUAGUAGUCUUGGAAAUCCAUUACAAUCAGAAACCACUUUGGUAGUGGGAAAGAACAUUGACUUGGUUGAUAACGAAUCAAUCCAUUCAUAUAGCAGUAGUACCGUGAACAAUAGCCCUAAAUUAAACGCUGGACCAAAGAUUCAUAGCGAUACCUCUUCUGACCAACGUAUUAAUUCACAAGAAGCGGUGUCACCUAGCCAUCGUGCGCACCCCGAAUAUCUACAAAUGAAUACCAGCAACAAUGCUAAUUUAAUUCACUUACAAACCGAUAACACGGGGCGUGAUAUCAUGCAGAACACGAAUAAAUCGUAUUCAACUGAAGUGAAAACGGCUAAGGGGGUGGGAAGACAAUCAGACUUAGUUAGUGUUGAAUCUAAAAUAUCCCCUAAAUCUAAGGACCAGACCCCUGCGAAGGUGCAACACGAUCACCAGAGUGUACCAGCAUCAACUUCACAAGAGACAGAUAAUAACUAUAGUGAGCCUAAUGUGCUGGAUAAAAAUGAAAAGGCUUCUUCCGCAAAUGGAGUGUUAGACACAAAAUCAUCCACACAUCGCUCGCAAUCACUACCGAAAGAUUUGCAUGUCCUCAGCAACGAAAGGAAAGAUAAAACAAAAACACCUCUUGUAGGUUCGGAACCUAAGCCUGACAAAUCGGUUUUCACGCGUUCCAAACCUCUAGAAUAUAAAUACCGCUAUACCAAGGGUCACUCAGCUGAUGACACACGUCGUUCUGAAAGUUCUGCAUCGAAUACGUUUUCCACUGAUCCUAUAAAAAUCGGAGUGGCCGCCGCACAUCGUAACUCUGCUGAAAAUAUAAGAUCAACCAUCCCGUUAAUACAUCAGGCGCCCCAUAGUGACUCCUAUCGGGCAUUGACGCAUCCCCAAGAGGAAAACAUGCAACCUACGAACGAAGUCUCCAAUAAACUUCGCGCAAAGAAUAACUCUUUUAGCCCUGAUCCAGUCUCCGAGGUUCGUGUUUUGCAUGACGCUCCAAAGGGGGAAACCGACGUGAAGGCACCUAGCACUGUCAUUUCGAACCUUCAGGAAGGGAAUCCUACCGAGACCAAUGCUGCCGUAACCCCAUGGAACGACACCGAAGAUAGCGAUCUUAACCUGUCCGUGCAUCCCACCACCACUGUGGAAUCGUUACCAAACCCAACGCCUCAUGACGACCUUUUGGAAGCGAAGAAAGGGAAUCGAAAGAAUCUCAUUUUGGUAACGCGCCGAAAGCGGAAAAGCUCUAGCGGGCCUGACAGUGGUUCUAUUGUAAAAAUGAGUAUUAUUCCAGGACGACAAGACGGGGGCAGGCAUGAGCAGGAUCUUGCGAAUACAUUGAGGAAUCUAUCAGAUAGCUUCACAACCCUCUCCAUCUUGAAGUCUAACAGCGAUCAGUCUGAGCAUCUACCAAGUAGCAGAAUAAAAUACAAAAGGAAGAAACGAAAUGAUCGCGAAAAUGUAAAAAUAAUGAAUCAGGGAGAAAAAUAUUUCAGGACUGAGUCAUUAGGAACUUCUUUGGGGUCUUCUAGCAAACAUUCCUUCAUCGCACCUUCUCGAACAAGCGAACAUGGGUCCUCCAGACGCGAAGAAACGAAACGUGAUACCGAAGUAACAACAAAAGAAAGAAACUCUUUAAAUCAGACACAAAGACGAUCCCUAGAACGAAGGAAAUCAGACCUCGCAAAAGGCGACGAAAAAACUCACACACAAGGGCUGAACUCAUCACCAGCAAUUGAUCCCUCAUUUUCCCAUAAUGCCAAUUCUACGGAUAGUCGAAUCCCAAAUGAACACGAUCCUAUCUCCAUUAUACAAGAGGGGUCAAACUCGACAUAUCAUGAAAAACUAACAUCCACUCUUCGAAGUAAUUUCGACUACACUGAAGUGGUUCAAAAAGAGUCCAAGCGAUCAAUGGCUACGGCAUUGCCUAAAAGCAGCACAACUGAAGCUCAUUAUAGUGCCACAGAACCGGAUAAAACGGGGUCCAAUACUCUAAGAAAUCCGCACCUCGGUGCUCAGACAUUGCCUAAAAAUAUGAAACCACUACAAGUCCCGGUGAUAGAGUCAUUUGAAAACUCUGAAAAUGUCAGCACCAGUCGUGCCUUUCAAACCUCAGACGAAAGUACCGAGGAAUGCCAAAAUACAAAUGCCGGUGAACAUGACUGCAUGUCUAUUUUAAUUCCCCAAUCUGAAGCUCAACAAAUGCAUUUGCCUACUGAAAAAGUACCAGCCACUAAUAAAACGGUACCUCCUGUGUCCACUAAAGUGCAUACAGAUCCUGAUAAAAUUGAAAAAAACGUGCAGUCGAAAAUGGUGGGAUAUUUUAGAGACAAGAAUUCUCGAACCUCCUCCCAAGGUGCUUUGAGUGAUGCUUCCCCUCACCCUUCGAUGCAAGAAAAAGCGGAAAUGUAUUAUAAAGAUGUACUUGAAAAAGGUUCUGCCACUUUUGACUCCGUUCAAAGUACGGAUAGGAUGCCUCGCUUGGACUCUAAGAACUCACUGAUUCAUGCAUAUGACCACGGUGACUUGGAGGGUUUUCCUAUCCAUUCAUCCGAUGGAGAUAAUAUUCACAUCAUUCAGGACUGUAAUUCGAAUCAACACCAGCCCGUUCAAAACGCGUUAGACGAUAGUAAAGGUAACCAACAAGAAGGCGAAAGGAAUUCCGACAACAACACGACAUCUUUUUCCUUAGAAGGCACUCCACGUGAUCAGGCACAAAAAGAGAAGUGUAAUAAAACGCAUAGGACCGAAGGCGAUCGAUCUGGAUUAGACCCCGUCUUUCCACUUACGAAGGAAACAAACUUUGAGAAAGGAAACAUACCGAGUAGAACCUCCCAGAGUCCAUCAUUGCACCAAGAUUCCAAAUUAUUCCAAGACAGCGACGUAGCCCGAGUUCUACACACCAAUGAAUUUUCACUCAUUCAACAGCCCGCCGUUCCUGAAGCGGAGACAUCCUCCGUCUUAGUGCGAGCCACCUCCAAGUGCAAUUCCGAUCAACACCACGGACAUUAUAAACACCGAGAAAGCGAAAUGUUGAAAGGAAAACAGAUAAAAAAGUGUCAAUCUCGAAGUCCUAAUCCGCAUUACGCUCGGGAUCAUAGGAACAGUUUAGAAGAAAUCAAUAACCUGUUAAAGGAUGACCCAACCACCUCUCUAGAGUACCAACUAGCCAUUAUAAUGGAAAAAAAAUAUAGGAAGGAAAAAAGAAGGAUCAAAAAUGAGUAUAAAAAGAAACAAAAAAUGGAAAAGGGCAUGGGAGUGGAUUCUUUUCAAAACAAAGUAGAAGCUAGUGCCAAGGCGCUUAACAUGCCUUCAUCCGCUUUGUCUAAAACAGAAAUCUAUGCGCAGAAACACCGUUCCUAUACGAAUCCACGUUUUACCCCCUCUGAGGCAAUUUUAGACGAUUCGCGUAUACACCAGAAUAUCCAACCCUACAUUAACUCUCAGAGAACGCCGUAUCAGUCCGCGCAAGCCAUAGAGCGGCUUGACGAAGUCCCACAAAACCGGACGGAUAAUGGACGAUAUGGCUUAGAAGACCCAAAACGUGAUUGGUUUGACCAUUCUGAAAGACGAUCCAUGUUCUGGGACGACUACAAACGAGCUGCGUCCUUCAGUGAAAAAUUCAGCGAUGUUUCCAGUAGACCUUUUGAAAACCAUACCAACUUUGGUGAGCGUUUCCAAGACUUAAACUUAUCCAAUCACUCAUUGCGUUAUUUUAAAGAGACGUCCAAUCUUAAUCGAUGGGCGAAGGAUGUCAAGGAUGACUUGAAUAACUCGUUUUCCCCAUCACGCAGCGACUUUAAUAAAUCCACCAGUCGAGAUUAUAACCAAUCAGCGGAAUCUUUUGGACAGAUUAAAAGGGAUCCUUUUGCUGACAUUGAUCACAAAGGCAAGUCCAAUAUUAAAUCUCUUUUUGUGAAUCAAGAACUGGUAGAAACCCCACCAAGACAUUAUUGUACCAGUGUUACCUCUACUGGUGAUGCGCAUUGUGAAAAAAAUAAAGACUUCGGAGACACUUCAAAAAGGCAUGGGCCACUGGAACAAAAUCGACCCCAGCCCUUCGUUCACAAAGUAGGAAAAUGCAAGACUGAUAGAAAACCAUCAAUCACUGAAUACGUCAUAAAUGAUCGCUGUGCCGCACGCAAAUUUGUAUACGCCAUGAAGGAUGUGAUAGAUGGGCUCAACUUAUAUAAACCUUUAGUCUAA